GCCGGGUAAAAAUAGCCCCGGGCGGGGGGGGUCGGGGCGCGGCGGGGACGGCGGAGCGGGAACGGCCCGGAGGCAGUGACCACAGCAGCAUGGAGGCCGUGGGAGACGCCGACACCCCCACAUCGGACCCCCCCACCUCGGACGCCCCCACUUCGAAAACCCCCACCCCGGGCACCCCCACCCCCGACACCCCUGCCUCGGACGCCCCCGCCUCGGACACCCCCACCUCGGACACCCCCACUUCGAAAACCUCCACCUCGGGCACCCCCACCCCCGGCACCCCCUCCCCGGACACCUCGACCCCUGGCACCCCCACCCGCGGUAGUCCCACCCCGGACACCCCUCCUGACCCCCCCGCGGCGGGCAGCGGGGAGGCGACAGCCCCGCAGGGUGCGGGAGAACCCCGCGGAGCGGAGGGCGAGGGGGGAGACACGGAGGGUGACGGGACGGACACGGGGGGCUCAGAGGGGUGCGCGGGGGGAGAGGCUGCCGGGGAUGGCGGGGCAGAAGCACCCAGGGGUGCCAGAGGCGAUGCCGGGGAGACCGGGGAUGGCGAGGGCGAUGCCGGGGCAGGGACAGCCGGGGACACCGGGGUGGGCACCGAAGGGGGUGCCGGGGGCGAACCGGGGCCGGCAGCAGCGGGCAGCACCCGGGGCCGGCAGGAGCCCACUUGGCAUCAGGACGAGGACGAGGAGCUGUGGCCUGAGUUUCCCCCGUGCUCGUCCCCAGAGGGGGCCACCAGCCCCACAUCCCCCACCUCCCCUGUGUCCCCCACCUCCCCUGUGUCCCCCACAUCCCCCACGUCCCCAGCAUCCCCCACAUCCCCCACAGCCGGCACCACCGAUGGCACAGAGGGUGGCAAGAGGGGUGCUCCAGCGGGGGGGCCGCGGGGCCGGGCACCCCCUGGUUCGGCGGGGCAGAGACCGAGGCUGGAAGGGGCCGGGGGGAGGCCACGUGUGGGGUCCCGGGCGUACGGACGCAGUGCCAUCCUGGAAAAGUUUGGAGGCGCCGCCACGGGGCCGGCCCCGCACCUGCGGCGGUCGGGCGGGGCCGCCACGGUCAAGACGAUGCUGCUGGAGUGGUGCCGCGCCCGCACCCGCGGGUACCCGAACGUGGACGUGCAGAACUUCUCCGGGAGCUGGGGCAACGGCCUGGCCUUCUGCGCGCUCCUGCACAGCUUCUUCCCCGACGCCUUCGACUUCGGUGCCCUCGAGCCCGACGCCCGCCGGCACAACUUCGCCCUGGCCUUCGCCACCGCCGAGGAGCGGGCGGGCUGUGCCCCGCUGCUGGAGGUGGAGGACAUGGUGCGGCUGCCGGUGCCCGACGCCAAGUGUGUGUACACGUACGUGCAGGAGCUGUACCGCUGCCUGGUGGCCAAGGGGCUCGUGAAGACCAAGAAGCGCUGAGGGGGUCCCCCCACCCGUGCCACCCCCAACCUUGUCCUCUGCCUUGUCCCCCAGCACUAAAGGCCACGGUGCCAGGCA